AUGGAGGACAGGAUGAGGCCUGCAGACCCAGAGAAGUGGGUGAGUCCCAUGGACAUGGAAAGCCAGGCCAUGGACGUGCUCAAAGACCUCGCCAUCAAAUGGUUUAUGGAGACCCAGGCGCCCCUCAUAUUACAAAAUGGCACCCUUCCUGAGUGGUUCCAUGGAUUCAUUACAAGAAAGCAAACUGAAGAGCUGCUUAGAGACAAACCAGUUGGCUGCUUUCUCAUCAGGCUAAGUGACAGGGCCAUUGGCUACAUCCUUUCAUACAGGGGGUACAACCGUUGCCGCCACUUUGUGAUCAAUCAGCUUCAGAACCGGAGGUACCUCAUCUCUGGAGACACCUGCAACCACCCCACACUCACUGCCCUCAUCAGCUACUACCAGGGAGCAAAGAUAGAGCCCUUCGGGGAGACCCUCACCACCGCCUGUCCUCGGCCUGCAGAGAAUAGCUUGUAUGAUGCCAUCUCCCUGAACCUCUUGAUGGUGGCCCCACCAGAGUCAACCAGUCCCUCGAUGGAGAAGCAAGAACCGGGGGACUUAGAAUACCUGAGAUCUGCCAAAGACAAAGACCCCAAGACCAACUCCACUCCAAAGCCCAAGACUUCUUUUCUCCACUCCAAGAAAUCCCUAGAAGAAUGCCCUUGGAAGCUCUCAGAAGAGGACAAGGAUUUUCCAGAUGAAGCCCCUCCUCUGCCUGAAAGAAGUUCAUCGUUUCUGAUGGAAUCCAUCAGUGGCAGAAACUCAGGAAACAUUGUGUAUGCAGAGCUGAAGAAAAAAAAUCAGAACCAGCAAAGCCUGAGCCUGGAGUCCUCUGACAUUCCCUCGCAGAUCCCUUCCUCUGGCAGAGAGUCCCAGGGAAGGUUUAACACUCUAAGUGGAGAAGAAGUGACUCCAAAAACCAAGGAGGCCUCACUCCUCACUUCUCUAAAUGCCACCACAUUCCCAGAGAUAAAGGUGGAUUCCAUCAAGAAGUCUCCCACUGUUCCCCAAGGCACUGUGUUGGAUAGCAGCUUGCCUGUGCCUAUGUCAACAUCUCCUGGAGAUAGAAGCAACAUGUCAAACCCCUCACAUCAUCAGGCCUCUCCCAGGGCUCAGGGCUCCCCUGAAUCCAUAGGGAGUGGUCAAGGAUUUGCCAUCCAUGCUGUUCCUCAAGCCUUCGGAAACCUGGCACCCAAUAAGUCCAGGGACCCCAGCCCUUCAGGUACCUUUGAACUCAUGCCCAAGGUGAACAACUCUUAUUCUUUGGAAGAUCAGGACCAGGACUGGGGCAGCCAUGCCUAUGAGCCUCUCCCUGCUAGGUUGCCCAAGUCAGCCUUUCUGCCAUUCAUACCCAUCUAUAAUCAGCUGGAAAGCCCCAGAGGCAGCGUGGAUAAUACUUAUGAGAAGAUCCCAGGAAGCCAGGCAGUGCCUUCACCUACCUUACCAAGCAACCCCUAUGAGCAGAUCCCUAUCUCGAAGGCCCCGGAGACUAAGCAGUCACACUCACACAAGGCUGAAAAACACCGAAGGUUCUUCUUCACUGACCGGAAGAAUAAACAGUAA